CUCCCGUAAUUCGGGACAAAACCAUUAAACGGUGUUAGGAUCAUAAAGCUGACGGUGCGUAUCUCUUUUCAAACAAUUUAAAAACAUUUGCCAUAAUCGUACACAGCCGAGGGAAAUUUAUCGCGCGCCUAUCCCAACUUCAAGCAACAUGUCACGUCAAUUUAUUCCCGUAAGCGCAUUACCAUAACCUCAUCCUCAUUUUUAAAAAAAAAUCGUUAAUUACCAAUAAUACGUCAAGCGUUGACGAGCGUUCAACAUUGAGAAGAAACAUUUUACACGGGCGAGUUCCACGAGUAGCCCACCACCCUUCACGGGUCGAACGAGGAUGAAGCCCUUGGAAUAUACUUAUUUAACGUCUAAUCGAAUUAACCCUCUCCCCAUCUCUCUCUCUCUCGUUCCCGCGGCUCAGUGGCCAUCAUUCACAAGUGGACAAUGGUCACGGACGUAGUUGUGCCUUCAAAUCUGGAACGUUGACAGAGGAUCGUUGCAUGUCGUUUGACGAGACUUGCGAUCAUCAAACAGAGGCGAUGGAAGUGUUGAUCGACUGCUACUUCGACAGGCUGUUCUCGGAAAUGGAUCGCAGUUGCCUGGCCUCUCGAUACAAACGUCGCGAGAUGGUCGGCUACUUCUCGGACGUGAUUAAUAGCUGUUCCCAAGCUGAGAACCUAGACAAGCAAGACGUGUGCGAGAGGAUAGUGAUGUGCCUCCGCUACCACAACAUAGCAAUGAUGGAGAACGGAUACGUGUGCCUUCUAGGCAAGUUCCACAACGUGCUCUACGUGGCGGCCAAGCUCUGCUUCGAUUGGGACCUGGACAACAACGAGAUCGUGUCCCGCCUGCUCAACGACAUCUUCUACUGCGAGAAAACGUUCGAGCGUAUCCUGGUGGGUGCCAUUUUCGGCACCCGGGUCACCCACUUCCUGUCAGGGUGGAAGAGCGACUUCGAGGACCGCGAGGAGAACCUACGCGCCCUGAUGUACUUCUUGCGCCACGCGACCCUCGGCAAAUUGGAGUACCGCUGCGCCUGUUCCCCCGUCAAACAACGAUUCAUCGACGUUCCCAUGGAAUCUUACGGCCAGGUGUCGCCUUUCAGAGUUGCCAUCCAACACGGCUCGCCGGACAUCCUUUUGAUCAUGCUCCGUUACGGCGCCUCGGUCCAAUGCGACAAACUCGCGCCGACCCCCCUCGAGAUACUGCUGAGCAAGUUGAGCGAGUACGACUCCCAACCGGGCCAGGAGCGGAUCGUGUACCCGGAACAUUUGCUUCUCUGCCUGAGAUUAGUGCUGAGAACCGUGACGACCGGUUUCGUGAAGACGCCUGAGUACAUCGCCGAGCAGAGCGGGGUGUUGAGCGUUUCCCUAUACGAACAGUAUCCGAGUUUGGUCGAGCAGAAGCUUGUGCCGCCCGAGAGGAGCGGCCUCUGCCCUCCUGAAUUGAGACAUCUUUGCCGGUGCCGGAUCAGGGAGGCCUUGUUCGAGAACUGGGCGUUGCCGCACGGGAUACAGCAACUUCAGAUCCCGGAGUCGUUGAGGAGUUAUUUGGAUCUGCUUCGAGAUUGAGAAUUUUCAUUCAGGGAUUUGAAUUUUGAAUCGUGUAUCGGGAUAUUGCGCUCGAAUCGAACGCUAUUUUUUGGAGAGAGAAUUUUUUUUGAGAGACGAAAGGUGAAAGUUUGGGAGGAAUAGAU